GGAAUAAGUUCAUCCAACGCUCCCAGCCACAGCGAGGGCAUGUUAGUCAAAUCAACCAUGAAGUGCGGAGAAUUCGAAGAAGCAACGGAGGGGCAAAAAUGUAGUUUGCAAGAAGGAACAGUGGCAUAAAUUUUCUAUACCUAUCUAUUUAUACCUCCACUUUCAUGUAGAUUGGCCGCCACCAUCACAACUCACAAGAGCAAUUUCGUAAAGCCAAAAAGGAGAAGCACGCAACGCAACCUCAUCAUUUAUCGAUCAAUUUCUGGGGUUUCUUUUCUCUUUCUCAUCAUUCCUUAAUCAAAACCUCACGUUUCUCUUGGUAUUUGGACUGGAUGAUCUAAUGGAGUCUAAAGGUGGGAAGAAGAAGUCUAGUAGUAAAUCCUUAUUCUACGAAGCUCCCCUUGGUUACAGCAUUGAAGACGUUCGACCCAACGGAGGCAUCAAGAAGUUCCGAUCUGCUGCUUACUCCAACUGCGCUCGCAAACCAUCCUGAUAUCCUCAGCUAGACUGCCUGCUCAAAUAAAGUAGUUAAAUAAAAUUUAUAAUUGCUGUAGUUAGUUUUUAGCUGCUUAUUCAACCGAUCUCUUCCCCUCUCUUCUCUCUCUCUGCGACUGCGAUUUCCUGGCAACUGUGACAUCUUCAUCUGUGAUCUUUGAAACGCAUUUUCCUUGCAACUGUCAUUGCAUUCGACUGUGGUCUAUUUUGCAUCUUGCAAACACUUCCUCACUGUAACUAUUUCUGUUGGUCAAUAUGACCAUGGCUGUCUCUGCAAUUGGUUUUGAAGGUUACGAGAAGAGGCUGGAAAUAACAUUUUUUGAGCUUGGCAUUUUUGUUGAUCCUGAAGGAAAAGGGCUUCGAUCUCUGUCCAAGGCUCAGUUGGAUGAGAUUCUUGGAGCAGCGGAGUGCACUAUUGUUGAUUCACUGUCAAAUGAUCACGUCGACUCUUAUGUCCUUUCUGAGUCUAGCCUCUUUGUAUACCCUUAUAAGAUCAUCAUCAAAACCUGUGGGACAACAAAGCUGCUUCUUGCAAUCCCACCUAUCUUGAGGCUGGCUGAUUCCCUUUCUCUUAAUGUGAAAUCUGUGAGGUACACUCGUGGGAGCUUCAAUUUCCCUGGAGCUCAGUCAUAUCCUCACCGCAGUUUCACUGAAGAAGUUACUGUCUUGGAUAGUUAUUUUGGGAAGCUUGGUUCAGGGAGCAAGGCUUAUAUAAUGGGUGGGUUUGAAAGCCCACAGAAAUGGCAUAUUUACUCUGUAUCAGCAGCAGAUUCUGCAAUCUCUUGUGAUCAUGUUUACACUAUAGAGAUGUGCAUGACUGGUUUGGACCAAGAAAAGGCUUCUGUUUUUUACAAAACUCAAUCGGCUUCUGCAUCUAGCAUGACUAUUGAUUCUGGUAUAAGAAAGAUUCUUCCAGACUCCAAGAUAUGUGAUUUUGAUUUUGAUCCGUGUGGUUAUUCAAUGAAUGCUAUUGAAGGAGCAGCUAUUUCUACAAUCCAUGUUACACCAGAAGAUGGUUUCAGCUAUGCUAGCUUUGAAGCAGUAGGAUAUGAUCCUGAAGAAGUGAGCCUGAACCAGUUGGUUGAUAGGGUGUUGGUUUGUUUCCAGCCGAGCCAGUUUUCACUUGCCGUACAUGCCAGUGUCACAGGUGAAAAACUAGUGAGGACUUGUUCACUGGAUGUUAAGGGAUACUGUCGUGGAGAGAGGAGCCUUGAAGAGCUUGGAAUGGGUGGUUCCAUUGUUUACCAGAAGUUUGUUGGGACUGUGGACUCUGGUUCUCCUAGGUCAACUCUGAAAUGCUGCUGGAAAGAGAAAGAAGAGGAAGAUGAGGAAGAAGAGGAUUCGUUUUAAUAUUCUAUUUCUUUGUGGUUUGCGUCUAUGUUUUAAAUAAAAUAACUGCUCUCAGGCUAUGCCUGAUGACAGCAAUCUUAAGUAGUGAUGUCUGUUAUCUUGGAUUUUAUAUGGCAUUACCUGUGUGGCUCUCGUGUCUGAAAUGUGAGAGCUCUAGUAUUCUGAAUGUUGAGUCAGACUUGUUUGGUGGAUUUAUUCUAAAUAUAUGUUCGUGGUUAUUGAUUA